AUGCAUGGUGUCGCGAGCCACCCGCGCGGCGUGGCCCUCGACGCCGCCGACUGCCUCGACCGCACCGCGCUCCACCACGCGGCCCGCGGCGGCCACCUGAGCGCGUGCGAGGCGCUGCUGGCCGACCCCGGCGCCGACGCGUCGCUGUGGGCCGAGGACUUCGAGGGGCUCACUGCGCUCCACUACGCGGCGAUCGGAGGCCACGCGCAGGUGUGCCGCCUGGUCGUCGAGCAUCCGAGCUUUCAGCGGGCCUUCGCCGAGGGAGCAGUGAACUGCGAGUGGCUCGAGCAGGCCCACGGGGCGGCGCACGACGUGAUACAGACUGCGCUGGACCAGGCGCGGCGGGCCAUGGAGGCGGAGGAAGCGGCUCAGAUACACGGCGAGAGGCGGUGGGCUUUCGAGGUCAACAGGCCGUUGGACAGGACGGAGGAGCAAGCAAAUCGGCUGGACCUUGUCAUGGAGCUCUUCCGGCUUCUGGGUUCGGGCGCCAGGCGCUUGGGUGCCGAGGAGCAACUGCACCUCGCCCAGCUGCUCGGCAUCCACACCACGGCCGUGCAGUGGCACGGGCUCGCGGAGCACGCAGCCGGGCACUGGUGGGACGAGCAUGGCUGGGAAGAGUCUCCAGGCCCGAGCUUCAGCCAGUUCGAGCGCUUCAUCGACGACGAGGACAGCCCCGGGCACUGCAGAGACGACGAGCUCCAGAGGAUCCUCGACCGCCUGCACGCGGAGGGUGCUGCGUCGACCACGCUGGUGCGGCCCGCCCUGCCGGGGGAGACACGGCUCUCGAAGCAGGACGGAGCCGCAGGUGGCGACGCGGUCGAGGCGGAGAGAUCCGGGUCGGAGCCGCUCGCGCCGAGGACCCCGGAGCGCGUCGACGACCCGGCCCUCUCGAUGGGCCCCUCCGCCGCAGAGGGGACGGUGCCCGCCAGGAGCCGCACCGCCGCACCGCCGACCCCCGAGGCGCGCGCCGGCAGCUCCGCGCCCAAGGCCAAGGCCAAGGCCAAGCCGCGCUCGCAGAGAGCCGCGCCGGGCCAGGCCGGAGCUCCCGAUGCCUCGGCGCCGCAGCCCGCCGCGGUGGCCCCCGAGCUGCAGCAGCCUGCGGGCAGGGCCGGCGCCCCCCCGCCAGGGCUCGCGCCGGCGCCGGGCGCAGCAGCGGCAGCGGAGCGGCCUCGGCCGAGCCGAGCGGCGCCAGACAGUUGCCGCCCAGGUCCCUGA